AUAGGGCGGCAGGGCGCGCUACGCGCGUCGCGUAGCGGGGAUGUCCGACUGGGAGGAGAGCGGUGACGAGGCCGCGGGGGUACCGCGGCCGUCGCCAUCUUCCACGGUUGCCGCCGCGCCCCUGUGGCAGCCGCCGACCAACCCUCUGCCGAGCAGCUCGCCGACAGAGGGCGAGCUGGAACGAAGGGGCUCGGAGUGGCGGCAGGAGGCGGCAGCGAGCGUCGGUGGAGAGGAACGGGAAUGCGCCGUGGCUGGCAGCCGUCGAGGUCGGGCAGCGCGAUGGCGGCACCCGAGAGCCGCCGCAGGCAGAGCUCAGGAGGCUGGGGAGCCUCUCUGCUUCCUCAUCAGCAGCGCCCUGGCCGGGGUUUUGAUAGGUCGGGGAGGAGCUAAAAUAAAAGAACUUGAGGAAUCUUCGGGUUCUAGGAUACAGGUUAUUAAGGGAGCCUCUGAAGCGGAAGUGAAGAUUUUUGGCAGCGUUGCUGUGCAGAACAAAGCCAAGGUGCUGAUUGAUGAAACAGUUGUAAGCUGUAGACAAAGCAACUCUAGAGGAAAAUCCUUAGAUGUUAUCAAUCCUGAGAAUACUCCAAAGAAACCUGUGAUCAACUGGGCCUCUCUUCGAGAAAACAGAGCUAAAUAUGAGGCUAUGAAGUGGGCAGGCCUGCCUCCAAUUGAGAAAAACUUCUAUAAAGAAUCAUCAAGGACUGCAUCUAUGUCACCACGAGAAGUAGAACUGUGGCGGAAAGAAAAUAACAAUAUAAUUUGUGAUGACUUAAAAGAAGGUGAAAAGCGCUGCAUUCCCAAUCCUGUUUGUAAAUUUGAAGAUGUAUUUGAGCAAUAUCCUGAUAUUAUGGCUAACAUAAGGAAAAUUGGUUUUCAGAAACCUACACCAAUUCAGUCCCAGGCAUGGCCAAUCAUACUACAAGGAAUUGAUCUUAUUGGCAUAGCACAGACUGGUACCGGGAAGACAUUAGCUUACUUAAUGCCUGGAUUCAUUCAUUUGGCUUCACAACCAAUACCCAAAGACGAGCGUGGAGGACCAGGAAUGUUGGUCCUCGCUCCUACCCGAGAACUGGCACUUCAAGUAGAGGCAGAGUGCUUGAAGUAUACAUACAAAGGAUUUAAAAGUAUCUGCAUAUAUGGUGGUGGGGACCGGAAAGCACAGAUAAACGUGGUGACCAAAGGUGUGGAUAUUGUUAUUGCUACUCCUGGGAGACUGAAUGAUCUUCAAAUGAACAACUUCAUAAACUUGAAGAGCAUAACAUACUUGGUUUUAGAUGAGGCUGACAAAAUGCUGGAUAUGGGAUUUGAACCUCAGAUAAUGAAGAUCUUAAUAGAUGUGCGGCCAGACAGACAAACUGUUAUGACAAGUGCUACUUGGCCUGAUGGUGUUCGUCGCCUAGCAAAAUCCUAUUUGAGAAAUCCCAUGAUCGUGUAUGUUGGCACUCUUGACUUAGCAGCAGUAAAUACAGUAGAACAGAAAGUUAUUGUUAUCAACGAAGAAGAAAAGAAAGCUUUCAUGGAAAACUUCAUUGACUCUAUGAAGCCAAAAGAUAAGGCCAUCAUUUUUGUUGGAAAGAAGUCUACAGCUGAUGACAUAGCAAGUGACCUUGGUGUCAAAGGAGUUCCAGUGCAGUCUCUUCAUGGUGACAGAGAGCAGUGUGAUCGAGAACAGGCUUUAGAUGACUUCAAGAAAGGUAAAGUCAGAAUCCUGGUAGCUACUGACUUAGCAUCCCGUGGCCUUGAUGUGCAUGAUAUUACUCAUGUUUUUAACUUUGACUUCCCUCGCAACAUUGAGGAAUAUGUUCACAGAGUAGGUCGUACUGGAAGAGCAGGACGUACUGGGAAGGCAGUAACGCUUGUCACUAAGAAAGACUGGAAGGCUGCAUCUGAGCUGAUUGAUAUUCUGCAAAGAGCAAACCAAGUGGUUCCCGAUGAGCUUAUUUCAAUGGCAGAAAGAUACAAACAACAUCAAAUCAGGAAGGAAAUGGAAAAGGAUAUACUAAGACCUCAGAGAAAGUAAUCCAAGUGACUGAUCCCUUGAAAUUACUGAAACAAAAGAACUGGAUUACCGAAUGAUAAGAAAUGUUUUUGUUACUUCAAAAUACUGUACUUUCACACUGAUGUGCCACAUCUGCCAGUGGCAUGCAGAAGUAUUUCAUGGAUCACUUAGUUACGUAAAAAUAACACCACUCUUGAACUGUGCAUUUCUUCCUUAAGCCAAAGUUAACAAAAUUGUAAAGAGCAUCUUAGGAAAAAAGGACAUUUGAACAUCAGCUUUUUUUCUGAUAAAGUUCAUUCACAUUUUACACAUGAGUUUCAGGUUCUAUCACACAUGCUGUUACAGGUCAUUAGAAUCUUUAGACGUUGUAUUUGAGGUGACAAUACAAAUGACACUUGAUCUGAACUUGUUUCAUUGUAUCAUAUGAAUAAGUGAAAAUCUAAUAAACUGAAUCUAAGUAAGAUGA